GAGAUGGAGGAGAGGUCCUCUCGGUAGGUUAUCCUCUCACAGAUGCUCUCCAAACCCUUGGUUAUGGAAUAUUUGACUAAUCCUGGUGUACUCAGCUUGGCUGCCAGAGUUGCUUGUGGCAUGUGCCUGGGCUGGGGACUCCGAGUACGCUUUGGAAUGGUCCCCAGGAGCUCGGUGAGCGAGACAGACACUGACACCAGAACAGAAGCAAGCAUCUUAGGAGAGGGUGGGGAGUACAAAAUGAUUCUUGUGGUUCGAAAUGACUUAAAGAUGGGAAAAGGGAAAGUGGCUGCCCGGUGUUCUCAUGCUGCUGUUUCUGCCUACAAGCAAAUUCAAAGGAGAAACCCUGAAUUACUCAAACGAUGGGAAUACUGUGGCCAGACCAAAGUGGUGGUCAGAGCUCCUGAUGAAGAAACUCUAGUUGAAUUACUGACCCAUGCAAAAAUGCUGGGACUGACUGUAAGUUUAAUCCAAGAUGCAGGACUUACUCAGAUUGCACCAGGCUCUCAAACUGUUCUAGGAAUUGGGCCAGGACCAGUAGACCUAAUUGACAAGGUCACUGGUCACCUAAAACUUUACUAGGUGGAAUAUUGUAUGAUGAUGGUCAUCCCACCACCACAAGGGUUUGAAACUGUCAAAUUCUAACAAUAAAAGCUGAAUUUUACCCCCC